AUGGAAGGUCUCUCCAUCGAUCCCAAGUGGCUUAUCGACCCGAAGCUUCUCUUUGUUGGGCCACGCAUCGGCGAGGGCGCUCAUGCAAAGGUCUAUGAGGGGAAGUAUAAGAACCAAAAUGUUGCUAUCAAGAUUGUGCACAAAGGGGACGCCCCUGAGGAGAUGACCAAGAGGGAGGGGAGAUUCUUGAGAGAGGUGACCAUGCUGUCAAGCGUGCAGCACAAGAACCUCGUCAAGUUUAUAGGGGCCUGCCUAGAACCUGCCAUGGUGGUGGUGACAGAGCUACUAGUGGGGGGCUCGUUGCGCAAGUAUUUGGUCAGUCUCCGACCUAGGAGCCUUGAGCCUCAUGUAGCAGUGGGGUUUGCAUUGGACAUUGCCCGAGCUAUGGAAUGCUUGCAUGCACGUGGGAUCAUUCAUCGUGAUCUUAAGCCUGAGAAUUUGUUGCUGACUGCAGACCAGAGAACAGUAAAACUUGUUGAUCUUGGUUUGGCUAGGGAAGAAACAUUAACAGAGAUGAUGACUGCUGAGACAGGAACAUACCGUUGGAUGGCUCCAGAGUUGUACAGCACAGUAACAUUGAGGCACGGAGAAAAGAAGCAUUACAACCACAAAGUAGAUGUCUACAGCUUUGCAAUUGUGUUGUGGGAACUCCUUCACAAUAAACUGCCAUUCGAGGGAAUGUCUAAUCUUCAAGCUGCGUACGCUGCUGCUUUCAAGAUGAAAGCCUUAUUUGCUGCAGAAUAUCAGACCAAGUGCUGA